AUGCCCGUUCUAACCUCCCUAGUGGAUGGGAUCCCAGAGUGCUCUCUGAGCACAGUCCAGGUGCCUCCAUUCCUCCUGGGAGAAAAUGACUGCUACAUCGUCAAAGGUGAGCAGCCCCUGAAACAGCCAAAAGAGGAAAAGAUAGGGAUAGGAAGGACUUCUCCUCGGGAUGCCCGCAGGCAGGCAGACAGGCAGCCGGGAGGAGAUGGACACAGCCGGGGACAGCGACUGAGUGGGACAAGUCCAAACCGAGAGUCUGGAAGGAACCAGGGAACGGGUCACGAGAGAGAAAGCAGCCAAGAGACAAAGGCCCCGGCCCGGCCCAGCCCAGGAACCAGGAGGGCAGGGAUGCGUGUCCGGGUCUGGCGGGGCACGGAGGGGAACCAAGAGAGGGAAGAGAAGAGGCUGUUCGGCUUGGUCUGGAUUUUCUAUGGGGUCUCAAAAUUUCUGGGUCAUUUUCUUCCUCCCUAGACCAAUUACAGUACCGAUGAACUUUACUUUCUUCUGGGAUUCUCCGACUGGCCAUCGCUCCAGCCACUCCUCUUUGCCCUGAUCCUCUUCUGUUAUCUCCUCACCCUGGUGGGCAACUCGGCCCUCGUGUUCUUGGCGGUUCGUGAUCCUCGCCUGCACGCACCUAUGUACUACUUUCUCUGCCACCUUGCCCUGGUGGAUGCGGGCUUCACCACCAGCGUUGUUCCGUUGCUUUUAGCCAACCUCUGGGGCUGGGCGAGGGCGCUGUCCCGAGCCGGGUGCAUGACCCAGCUCUACAUCUCCCUGGCACUAGGUUCCACUGAGUGCAUCUUGCUGGCCGUGAUGGCGCUGGACCGCUCGGCCGCAGUAUGCCGUCCACUCCAUUACACAGCCCUGGCCUCGCCCCGCCUAUGUCGGGCGCUGGCAGCCGCCUCCUGGUUGGGUGGAUUCACCAACUCUCUGGCACAAACCAUACUACUGGCCACGCGACAGUUGUGCGGACCCUGGUGUCUGGACCACUUCAUCUGCGAGCUGCCAGCUCUGUUGAAAUUAGUGUGUGGGGGUGGGGGCGCUGUGGAACAGCAGAUGUUUGCUGCCCGCGUAGUUAUUCUACUAGUGCCCUCCGCUGUCAUCCUAGCUUCCUAUGGGGCUGUGGGCAGGGCCGUGUGGAAAAUGAAGUCCCAGACAGGGAGGAGAAAAGCAAUGGGGACCUGCGGUUCCCACCUUACAGCUGUCUGUCUAUUCUAUGGUUCUGCCAUCUACACAUAUUUGCAGCCAACACACAGUUACUCUCAGGGGCAAGGCAAGUUCGUCUCCUUGUUCUACACUGUGGUCACCCCUGCCCUCAACCCCAUCAUUUACACCCUAAGGAACAAGGAAGUGAAGGGGGCAGCGAAAAGGUUUCUGGGUUGA